CAUAAAGUGAAUCCCUAAAGCCUUCUCUCUUCUAUCAGAGGGAGGGAUACUUCAAAACUUCACUGGGCAGAAGCAGCGUCGGCCGCAAUGGUGAAGUACUCAAGAGAGCCUGAAAAUUCCACCAAGUAUAACCUGCAAGGCCAGGGGCUCUGACCUCAGAGUGCAUUUCAAGAAUACUAGAGAGACAGCCCAUGCCUUGAGGAAGUUACCUUUGGCAAAGGCUAAGAGGUAUUUGGAAGAUGUUAUGGCUCAUAAACAAGCUAUACCUUUCCGGCGUUUCUGUGGUGGGGUGGGGCGUACUGCUCAGGCAAAGAACAGGCACUCAAAUGGGCAAGGAAGGUGGCCUGCCAAGUCUGCUAAGUUCAUUCUAGAUUUGCUCAAGAAUGCUGAGAGUAAUGCUGAGGUCAAAGGCUUGGAUGUUGAUGCCCUCUUCAUUUCUCACAUCCAAGUGAAUCAGUCACAGAAGCAGAGGCGUCGUACUUAUAGGGCUCAUGGAAGAAUCAAUCCUUACAUGUCCAGUCCUUGCCACAUUGAGUUGAUUUUAUCUGAGAAGGAAGAACCAGUGAAGAAGGAGCCUGAGACCCAGCUGGCUACCAGCAAAUCUAAGAAGUCUCAAGCUACUCAAAGUGCCAACUUCCUCUGGAGUGGCAAUCUUUUCAAUUGGAGAGAAUUUUGUCACACUUCAUUUAGGAGCAGUUAUUUAGGUGAAUUGGAUAACUUGUUCGUUUAUUUUGAUCACUGUUUAGUUGGUUGUUCUAUGAGAUUAUAUAUAUUUUGGAUGAGCAGUUAUUUAGAUAUUUGUAUACAUCUCUUUUUCUCCCGGAAGUGAUUGCUAAAGAGUUGCCACUUAGUUGAAAUCUCAAACUUUGAAAUGCUGGUGAGCUUCCAAAUUA